AUGUACACGUCUCGGCAACAGGUUCCAUAUCAAGGAGGAGUCGGCAUCGCGUACACCAGUCCAGUAAAGAAGAGGAAUAGGCGCAAGGAAAAAACGGCUGCGGAACCCUUUGGGAGCGGUGGGGUGAAGCAAGCUUUGCUGGAUGCACUCGACUUUCUCGAUGAGCAGGAGGACGGAAUGAAUGAAGAAGUCAACGUUGUAGCGGAACGCCCCUCAAGCCCAGGAGAUUUUGCCAUGGAAUGUCACCAUUGCCCGGAAGACAUAUCACCGUUUUUUGGAGGCGACGAUUGCGUGGGAGAGGCCGCCACGGAGACCGAACUCUUGGACUCGGAAGCACUGAUGCCACCCUACGACGCCGACGAAUCCUACGCCGACGACGGCGCCUCGACUUUCCCCGCCAACGAUGACGCACCAACAAUGCGAGGCGAGGUAACCGAAGCCGCGACUGCGACUGCGCGUCUUCAUUCCAACUGGGCCACCACUCUUCCAACUCUUCAAGACCCUUACCUUCAUUUCAAAGCGCAACAAUACGGAAAGCCAGUACCACCUCUCGCGACAAGCAUCGGCUUUCAAUGUCAACACCCACCAGGCCAGUGUGUAUAUUCGUCUAACGAGGUUCAGGUGUUGAAGUUAGAUGGUUUUUGGAAUAUCACAGCCUUGUCGUGUAAAUGCGACUCACUGUGUAAAGUACUUGUCCGGAACGGUUUCUUCCCGUCAUCGCCAGCUGUACCUCGCUUAGCCGUUGCCAUACCACUGCUUGACUUCUACCACUCCCUGUUCGAAGAGUCCUGUGACGCCGUGACUGCAUUUUCUGAGGCGUGUCGAAAGUACUACAAGCGCAGAGGAUUCCAUCAUCGGAACAGCAACGGACAAGACCACAACGAUGCAUGGCGACGGUCCUUGACACAAGCCAUCCAAUGGUACGACAACCUACUCGUAAUGAUUGCCAAAGCAGUCGAUGAAGCCCUCCAAAGCGCGGACCGGAUGCUUUUCCCCUCCCUGCAGCCUGCGUCGCUCGAGGGAAUUCCGAUAGUGCCCCAAGUGCUCACCACGGUCCUACAACCCCCCCCAGAAGAACUGUCCUCGAAUUCCCAACCCACAGACCCGGGCCCUCCACCAUCGGCGACACCAUCCGCACCGCAAAUGGAGAGUCCUCCAGCAACGACGAAUCCACCAAAGAAACCACGGGGAAGGCCACGAAAAAACGCCCCGAAGGCGCAAACUGCCGCCGUUGAGACUACCAAGAAGAAACGAGGAAGACCGCCCAAGAAUGCCGCAAAGCCAACCCCAAACCCUUCUACCAACCAGCCCGCGAGCGAAACGACAGCUCCGCGCAAACGAAGAGUCAGAGUGGAGCUUAAAGAAGAUUUCGAGGAUGCUCAGGAGAGGAUGUUACGGGACGCCAGGGUCGAAUGUGACUGGGUACUCCAGCAAAGGUGCCCCGCAUGCUUCUCGUCCAAAACCUUUGGGAACAAGGCCAAUGGAGGCGCAAGUAACAUACAGGUCUGCGUCGACGGCAACUUCAGCCACCGUCACAUCCGCCGGGAUACGGACCACCAGCGGCAACAUUUUCCACCAGAAUAUUACCUCCCCAAGGCCUAUGUUGACAAGGUCGGCAACCACAUCGAUCUCGUCCGCGACAACCAGCCCAAAGCUCGUGACCCGAAAGUGCCAGACGAAGCCGUCGAUGAAUGCGAAGACGGGCAUAUCGCCGGGAAAGGGACGAAUGUCAAGACCAGUACCCAAAUGUACGAUGACACCGGUACGAUGGCCCUCGUAUGCCGACACGAUGUCCCGCUUUUCCUGGCCAACAUCGACACCCCUGGUGAGCAGCAAAAGUACGGCGUCGCCCUAGUCAAGAAACUGUACUCGCUCUUGCCCAAGGAUGCCACCGUGGAUGUUUUUUACGAUGUAGCCUGUGUCCUUGACCGGAGCCUCGAGACUUACGAUAUCCUACCUGAGGCUCUCACGAGCCGACUAUCCCUUAUCACCAGCGCCAUGCAUUCGUACGCCCAUCAAUGGUUGUGCCAGCUUUACUACAACCCUCGACUGCGCAAGUUCACGGGGCUCACGGACGGAGAAGGAGUUGAACGGUUCUGGGCUAAGCAUCGGCGGGUAAUACCCCUAAUGCGGGUGUCAGGGCGGGAGAAACGUCUACAGCUAAUUGACCGCCACACGGCCGCUAUUGGGGCUCAGGCACGCGAUGGACUUGGAGCGUGGAUCAAAGCCAGGGUCAAGGUGGUAGAAAAAUUCCGAGUCGAGGCCACCACAGAGCUUCGAGCUUGUGGUGUCCCCGUUGCAGAACUCCGCGACCUAUGGGCGGACCAACAGAAAGCAGGGAAGUCGAUACGAACGCUGCGACCGUCCAAACUCAAGAAAGAUAUGGACGUGAUUUUGGUGUUACAGUCCGACCUCGACCGCAUCGAAGGACGCAUCGAAGAAGUCGUCAAUGGGCUCGACGACGAGUUCCCCGAAGAACACAAACAAGGGCUGCUCACCGCUUUGAACGCUGCCCACGCCGCCCUCAAGGAUCGCAUUGAGGCCACUUACAUGGCCAUCAACGUGGGUGACGCACACCCAGACCUUCAGGGGCUCGACUACGAGUUUGUCAAGGCGUUGCUUCUCCUUCGUGAUCUCAAAAUCAAUAUACGCCGUCGCGCAAUAGCACAAUUUUUCGAACGGGAAAAACUUCAACAGCCAUCCCAAGGACGGGCCAACCCACUCGGCACCAAUUUACAUCAGCUGACACGUAAGGCCAUUGCGAAACGCCAGCCGGCCCUCCAAUCUGCAAUUCGCCGGUUCAACACCCAGCUUCUUCCGACCGAUCUCGACGAGCUGCGCGAUCAUUCCGAUAUCAUGGAGGAUGUCUGGACAACUCACAGUCCCCUCCCGGUCCCCAAAUGGUUCUCAAGUGCCGAAGUGCGCAAGGGUAUCCGUGCGAUGCUCAAACUAGACCGAUGCCAAGAAGAGGUCCACCGCCUGGGUAUAGAAGCCGACAAUCUUUGUCGGUGGUACGGACGUCAGCUGGCAGAUAUCGAGUUUGCCCUAACGCAACCAGCAGGGCAAAGUGUUGCACUCGAGCUCGUCAUCUACCGGGACCACCUGUACUCCCUCAAGGCGAGCUGGGCCAACACCUUCGCUAGCACCGUGCGGUUUGACGCGCAGAUUGCGGCCUCCAAAGUCGUCGCACCUGUUGACCAUCCGGCCCCUCUUCGAUGGAUCACGCCCACAGUUUCAGCAUUCGAGCCAGCCACUCAGCACGACCCGUUGCCGCCUCCAGAUCACGAACCUGCGCUCGAUACCACACCUAUCCUUGAUGACGAAGAGAUCUAUGGAGGAUAUGAGCCACCGCGCAAGGUUUCCAAGCCCAAGUUCACGUACUUAUGGGCCAGUCCUCCCGGUAUCCUUCGCGACGACGACGUCUUCGACCUGCUCGGCUCUCUACCAGCCUCAAUCCCAGACACAGAGCACUGUAUUCGACAAACCGGCGCUCGCAUCGGUGUUCGGAAAGGGCUCAUUGAGGUGAGCCGUGCAACCCUUGACCUCAUGGCGUCACCCUCUGCCGUAUUGGACGAUGACACCGUGAACACUGGCGGGGCACUUCUGCAACACAUUUUCGCCGAGCCCAACACGCCAAGCGCCGGCUACAGCAGUAACUGCGCCGUUUUUUCAUCAUUUGACAUCCUUGCAGUUCGAAGUCAGUAUGGAUACUCCCGAUCCAUCGACAAGAUCAUUGGGUUGUGUGUGCCAUUUACCCCAGCCAUCGACGAAUAA